AUGAACCCCAACAUCAACCUCACCAUCGAAACCAUCCACGCCCCCUCCACCACCCCGCCCAAACCCACCAGCAUCAUAAUCUUCCUCGCCGGCAGCACUCCCCCGUCACCAACAGCCACCAGCAAAGAUUCGUCCAAUCCUAUCCGCAUCUCCUCCCUUUCCUCCUCCCGACGAGACCACCACCAACAACUACCUCCACCCCCACCACCAACCUGGCGCGAUACCCUUUCCACCCACCUAGCCCACUACUUCCUCCCAAAGCCACAACCACAACCACACCCAGACACCACCAACACCAAUACUACCCCCCAAACCAUCCACCUAACAAUCCUCGACCCCUUCCGUCCAGAUUGGGACAGUUCGUGGCGCGAAGACCCAUCCUUCCCGCCUUUCAAGGAACAGGUCUCGUGGGAGAUGGAGCAGCGAGAACGCGCUGAUAUCGUGCUGUUUUACUUUGAUCCGGGCACUAUGGCGCCGGUUAGUUUGUUGGAGUUGGGGUUGUCUAUGCGUGAGCCUGGAAAGCUGGUGGUUGUUUGUCCCAGGGGGUAUUGGAAGAGUGGGUUUGUGAGGUUGGCUUGUGAGAGGUUUGGGGUUCAGGUGGUGGAGGGGUUGGAGGAAGGGGCGGGGGUUGUGGGCGGGUUGGUUUGGAGUUUGGUUGAGGGGGUGAGGAGGGAGGGUUGUUGA